AUGGACAACAGCGGUGAUCUAUCACGAAAGAAGAGCAUGAUCAGACCAGAGAGGCGACGCAACGAUCGGGAUGACCCAAAUUACUACUACCGCAAACAUGCCCAGAACAUGAACGUCAUGCCUUCGACGACAGGCGUCGAUCCGCAGAUGGAGGAUGAUUUGGUGACACUGAGCUCGAACUCGGCUCUCACGAGACAUGAUGGGUUGGAUGCUAUACCCUUGCAAGAGAAGCACCCUGAUCGAAGCGGUAGCAGAAAAGUCGUAAACAAGCUCCAUCGCCAUGCAUCGAAGAAAGAGCGUGAGAAGGUGGAAAAAGACAUUCAACGACAGAAGAUGAAGGAAGAGGCCGGCGCGUUGACGCCCUGGGGUGCGUACUGCCAUGCGAUUACAUUCUGGGCUCCCAAUUUCAUGCUGUCUCUCUUUGGCAAGAAGUUCACAGAGCAGCAGCGUGCUUGGCGAGAGAAGAUUGGACUCGUUUCCAUCAUUCUGCUCGUCAUGGCGUUUGUCGGUUUCUUGACGUUUGGUUUCACCGAAGCAGUCUGUCCUCAGGGUGGCCCAUUGAGACUACGAAUCAACAAAGUUGGACCGGGAUACAUGAUUUUCCACGGCAAAGCCUACGAUUUGACACGCUCUCAGCAUCCGCUGGCCAGAGGUGUCCCUGGAGGGAGCAACGUUUUAUUCGACGCAGAUCCACCAGGCAAGGGCAGGGACGGGAGCUUCAUGUUCCAGAACGUCAACGGACAUUGCAAAGGCUUGAUCACAGCCGCCCCUGGCUCAGAUGUUCCCACUGACAACGACGGUAACCUUGCUUGGUAUUUCCCAUGCAACCCGUUCAACCAGGACGGAUCCGACAACAAGGAGCCAAAUACGACAAUCCCGUACUACUUGGGCUACGCUUGCCACACUGUCAAGCCUGCGAGAACGGCAUUCUACAACCUCAGGUCUUCUGGCGAUGUCUACUUCACCUGGGACGAUGUUCGCAACACUUCUCGCAACUUGAUGGUGUACUCUGGAGACGUGCUUGAUCUCGAUCUACUGAACUGGUUCAACUCCUCUCAAGUUUCCAUUCCGGACAAGUUCACUCAAAUCAAAGAAAAUGCUGCUAUUCGCGGCAAGGAUGUUACUCAGGCCUUUGGCUCCGGACAGAACAAGCAAAUUGCCCAGUGCUUCCAGGAGAUCAUCAAAGUCGGCUCGAUCGAUACAGAGACCAUCGGCUGCAUUGCUUCCAAAGUGGUGCUCUACGUCUCCCUCAUCUUCAUCAUGUCCAUCGUGGUCAUCAAGUUCGUUCUUGCUCUGGCUUUCCAGUGGGUUCUGAGUCGCAAGUACGCACCCAAGAAGACGAGCAUGACCAGCGACAAGAAGAAGCGCGCACAGCAAAUCGAAGAGUGGACAGACGACAUCUACCGCGCGCCCCCGAAGAUCACCGAUCCCGCUUCGAACAGCGGAGGCAGCGACCGAACAGCGAAGCGCAGCAGUUUCCUUCCCACGACCUCGCGUUUCACCAGCCCGUACGCGGUCGAGAGAAGCACGAACAAGAAGAGCUUGCCACCAACCACCAUGAUCUCGCAACAGUCAUCAAAUCGUCUGAUGUCGUCGAACUACGGCCCCACAAAUCGCUCGGACACGGCACUAGACUCGGACAGCCGCGCAAGUCUGAUGGAAUCGCACCAAUUUGGCACGCAGCGCUAUAGCAGCGUCAUGCAUCCCGAGACCGAUAUGAGCGGACCUCAGGGCUUCAUUCACGAGUCUGUCGUACCUCAGCCUCCGCCAGAGUGGCAGCCCUUCGGCUUUCCGCUGGCGCAUACAAUCUGUCUGGUCACUGCGUACUCCGAAGGACCAGAGGGUCUCCGCACCACGCUCGACUCCGUUGCCAUGACCGACUAUCCGAACAGCCACAAAAUCAUCUACAUCGUCUGCGACGGUCUGAUCAAAGGCAAAGGAGAGUCGAUGUCUACUCCCGACGCUUGCAUAAGCAUGAUGAAGGAUCACUCCGUACUUCCAAACGAGGUUCAGGCAUUCUCUUACGUUGCCGUCGCUAGCGGGAGCAAGCGACACAACAUGGCCAAAGUCUACUGUGGUUUCUAUGAUUACGGCGCGGACAGCGUCAUUCCUCUAGAGCGUCAACAACGUGUUCCGAUGGUUGUGGUGGUAAAAUGCGGCACUCCUGACGAGGCUGCAACUUCGAAGCCCGGCAACAGAGGCAAGCGUGACUCGCAGAUCAUCCUGAUGUCCUUCCUCCAGAAAGUCAUGUUCGAUGAGCGCAUGACUGAGCUGGAGUACGAGAUGUUCAACGGUAUCUGGAAGCUCACUGGCAUAUCUCCGGACUUUUACGAGAUCGUGCUCAUGGUGGACGCCGACACCAAGGUCUUCCCCGACUCUCUCACUCACAUGGUCUCUGCCAUGGUCAAAGAUCCCGAGAUUAUGGGUCUCUGUGGUGAGACGAAGAUUGCGAACAAGACCCAAUCCUGGGUGUCCAUGAUCCAGGUGUUCGAAUACUUCAUCUCCCACCACCAGGCCAAGGCAUUUGAGAGUGUCUUUGGUGGUGUUACCUGUCUGCCAGGUUGUUUCUGCAUGUACCGCAUCAAGACGCCCAAGGGAGGACAGAACUACUGGGUACCGAUCCUGGCCAAUCCGGAUAUCGUGGAGCACUACUCAGAGAACAUUGUUAACACGCUUCAUAAGAAGAACUUGCUGCUGUUGGGCGAAGAUCGAUACCUCAGUUCUCUGAUGUUGAAGACUUUCCCGAAGCGCAAGCAGAUGUUCAUCCCGCAAGCAGUGUGCAAAACCACCGUGCCGGACACGUUCAAUGUUCUGCUGUCCCAGCGUCGCAGAUGGAUCAACUCGACCGUGCACAAUUUGAUGGAGCUGGUCCUCGUCCGCGAUCUCUGUGGUACCUUCUGCUUCAGUAUGCAGUUCGUGCUCUUCAUCGAGUUGGUCGGAACAAUGGUGCUUCCAGCUGCCAUCGCUUUCACCGUCUACGUCCUACUGAAUACCGCCGCGCCGACCAUCCCACUCGUUCUGCUUGCCCUGAUUCUCGGUCUGCCCGGAGUGUUGAUUAUCAUCACCGCACACAGUCUCACCUAUGUCCUGUGGAUGUUGAUCUACCUGCUCUCGCUCCCAAUCUGGAACUUCGUCCUGCCAGUGUACGCCUUCUGGCACUUUGAUGAUUUCUCCUGGGGAGACACGCGUCAAGCUGCCGGUGACAUCAAGGGCUCGGACAAGAAUGGCCACGGGGCUCAAGGUGAAUUUGACUCCAGUAAAAUCACCAUGAAGCGAUGGGGCGACUUUGAACAGGAGCGCAGACUUCGGGCUCCACAAUGGAACAACUCGGGGCACUCGUUACUGGGACCGAUCAGCUCUCGCAAACAAAGCCUCGAAAUGAGCACUCGACUCAUCACCAAGUGA